AUGGAUAUGAUUGGAAAGAUUCAUUCUCCAUUUUUGAAGCAUCAUUGCGUCAUGCUAGUGGCCACAGAUUAUUUUAUUAAGUGGGUCAAAGCAAAGCCAUAUAAAUCCAUAGAUCAAACUGAGCUAAUCAGCUUCAUUAAAGAUCUAAUGUAUAAGUUUGGCAUUCCCCAAACUAUUACUAUUGAUAAUGGAACAAUAUUCGAGUGUGGUUUAGUGAAGGCUUUUGCUGGAGAACUUGGUAUAAGCAUAUUUAAAGCAACCCCUUAUUACACUCAGUCUAAUGGACAAGCUAAGCCAUCAAACAAGACAAUCAAAAAUGGAAUUCAGAAGAUAGUAGAAGACAAUCCCAGAGAGUGUCAUAAUAUACUCUUAGAAGCCUUGUGGGCAUACAGAACAUCUAAAAGGUCUAGCACUAGGGUUAAUCCAUCAGCCUUUGUAUAUAGACAUGAUGUUGUGCUCCCAAUGGAGAUUAAUGUUAACAUUUUAAUAGUUAAAGCACAAGAUUGUUUUGACAAGGAUCUUUAUUGUCAAAACAUGUGCAUGAAAUUAGAAGAUCUUGAUGAAGCCAAAAUUUUGGCUUUGAACAAAAUCCUAAUCCAAAAGUAA